CCCGUGCCUCCUAGUCGAAUCGUGGAAGCUCCAACACCUACGUGCUUUAGCUCAGCUUUCCCAGUCCUGUCCAACGCGCCUUCCUUCCCAAGACCGAACCUGGUUAUCAGCUACAAACCUUCCUACAAGCAUUUCCCGCCCGCCGCGCGCAUCCCACGAUACUCACACAAGAACACACACAUAGGGACGACAGCCAUAAUGUCGACAAUUACAACCACGGCCCUGCAAUCGGGCCACGCGCCCAUCAUCCCCCUCUCCUUCAACUCAAACCAACCAGACACGAUCCGCCUCUACCCGCUCUCCAACUAUACCUUCGGCGUCAAGGAGACCCAGCCCGAGGAGGACCCCUCCGUCAUCGCCCGCCUCAAGCGCCUCGAGGAGCACUACACCCAGCACGGCAUGCGCCGCACCUGCGAGGGCAUCCUCGUCUGCCACGAGCACAACCACCCGCACAUCCUCAUGCUGCAAAUCGCAAACGCCUUCUUCAAGCUCCCCGGAGACUACCUCCGCCCCGAGGACGACGAGGUUGAAGGGUUCAAGGCCCGCCUCGAUGAGCGCCUCGCCCCCGUCGGCCGCAUCGGCGAGGGCGAGGAGCCCGCUGACUGGCAGGUUGGCGACUGCCUGGCCCAGUGGUGGCGGCCCAACUUUGAGACCUUCAUGUACCCCUUUGUUCCGGCGCAUGUGACUCGGCCAAAGGAAUGCAAGAAGCUUUACUUUAUCCAGUUGCCCAAGAGCAAGGUGCUUAGCGUCCCCAAGAACAUGAAACUCCUCGCAGUCCCCCUCUUCGAGCUCUACGACAACACGGCGAGAUACGGCCCCCAGCUCUCGGCGAUCCCCCACCUCCUCAGCAGAUACAACUUUGAGUUCGUCGAUGAGAACGGCAACAUCGUCGCUGCUACGCCCGGCGCGAGUGCACCGGAAGGAUACGUUCCGAGAACAAAGGUGUUGGCGAGCGGCGACGACACGGACAUGCAGGAGGCCAAGGGAGACGAAGAAGAGAACGGCGAGCAGCAGCAGCAGCAGCAGUAA